UAACACGCACGUACGCCCCCACACCAAAACAUACACACCGUGUCAUCAUUCCCGCAUCCCGCACGAUGAACUGAGCUACAGGGUCUGAUCUCUCUGCUCCUCGCUCGGCUCAGCAUGGAAUUGGUAAAUCUUCUGCUUUCUGUUGCAGUCACCGCCUGCGCAGUGAAAGUUUCUCUUCAAGGGAAACACCAGCGCAGACUGUACAGGGACCUGAUGACUGACUACAACCCACUGGAGAGACCAGUCUUCAAUGACUCUCAGACUCUCACUGUUCACUUCGGCUUCAGCCUCAUGCAGAUCAUGGAUGUGGAUGAGAAGAACCAGAUUUUGACAACCAACAUCUGGCUACAGCUGUACUGGAAUGAUUAUUACCUCCAGUGGAAUACAUCCGAGUACCCCGGUGUGGCCAAUGUGAGAUUUCCUGACCAUCUCAUUUGGAAGCCAGACAUCCUGCUCUACAACAGUGCAGAUGAAAGAUUUGAUGCUACGUUCCACACCAACAUUUUGGUCAACUCCUCAGGCACCUGUUCCUAUUUACCCCCAGGGAUCUUCAAGAGCACCUGCUACAUUGAUGUGCGCUGGUUCCCCUUUGAUGUCCAAAGAUGUGACCUGAAGUUUGGCUCCUGGACAUAUGGGGGCUGGUCUCUUGACUUAAAGAUGUUGGAAGCAGAUAUCACCGGCUACAUCGCCAAUGGAGAGUGGGAUCUUGUUGAGGUUCCAGGACAGAGGAGUGAGCGUUUCUAUGAUUGCUGCGAGGAGCCCUACCCCGACGUCACCUUCACUGUAGUGAUGCGAAGACGGACCCUCUAUUACGGUCUCAAUCUGCUCAUUCCAUGUGUCUUGAUCUCCACUCUGGCCCUGCUUGUCUUCCUUCUGCCUGCUGACUCUGGCGAGAAGAUCUCACUGGGCAUUACAGUCCUGCUAUCCCUGACUGUCUUUAUGCUACUAGUUGCAGAGAUCAUGCCCGCCACAUCAGACUCAGUACCUUUAAUAGCUGAGUACUUUGCCACUACCAUGGUCAUUGUUGGUCUCUCAGUAGUUGCAACAGUUCUGGUCUUACAGUAUCACCAUCAUGACCCUGAUGGAGGCAAGAUGCCAAAGUGGACUCGUGUCAUCUUACUGAACUGGUGUGCCUGGUUCCUGCGCAUGAAACGUCCAGGUGAGGAGCGAGUGCAUUCAGCCUGUCACAGCAAAGCUCCACGGAGCAGCCUGACCAGCAUGGACCUCAGUACUAGCGCCUCAGCCUUCCAAUCCACCAAUGGCAACCUGCUCUAUGUUGGCAUACGUGGGCUAGAGAGUAUUCACUAUUCUACAGCUGCCAUCUCACCUGACUCUGGGGUCCUCUGUGGCCGGCUGGUUGGACGAGCAGGUGAGGAUGAAAUGCUCCUCCCCACAGGUCAGAGCUCCUCAGUGAGCAGUGUGGAACCAGAACUAACCAAAAUCCUGGAUGAGGUCCGUUAUAUUGCCAAACGCUUCCGUGACCAAGAUGAGGAUGAGUUAGUGUGCAACGAGUGGAAAUUUGCAGCGUCUGUUAUUGACAGGCUUUGUCUCAUGACUUUCUCGCUUUUCACUAUCCUCUGCACCAUUGGGAUUCUCAUGUCAGCACCCAACUUUGUAGAGGCCAUUUCCAAAGACUUUUUCACUUGAGAAAUUAAUCAGGAAAUAAAUGCUUUAACAAAAAUAAGUCAGUCAUUCUUAUCACAGAGCAAGCAGUCAUGGGUCCGUAAUUUGGAUAGGGUUAGUUCUGCUAGUGUAGGACUCGUAUAUCACCAAGUAUUUAACUACUUAAAGCAAAGUCAAACUUAGGACUUCGGGCACUUUAUUCAGACAAAAAAAUAAAUUAUAAUGUGUGAAUAGUUGAAUUUAUGGCUUACACUGUGGUGGUGAAAAUUACCAACUUUUGCCUUUUAUAUCACAUACUGUAGCCUAAUGGCAUACUAAAAGACUGCAUCUACUUUUGUUCUUCUUGUACUAUUUUAAAAUGACUAAUAGUGUUAAGUGGUGUAAUUGCUAACCUACAAAGUAUGCAACUGUGAUUUGUUAUGUGAUGUUACUUGUGUAUUAUUGUUCAUGACCAUGUAUCUAGAAAGUCCGCACUAAAACAAUUCCAUAUACAGAACAAAACAACUACAUUAUCUCUUAUUGAAAUGUAUAUGUUGUCUCACAUGAAUACUCAUAUAUACACAUAAGUUAUGUGAUGUUAUAUAUUACUUUGCAUAAGUACGAAUUAUUGUUGAUUAUUGUAAUAAGCAACCAAACACCUCAAUUUAACAAGGUUCUUACUUAGUCUUAUUGUUUCCUACUUGUUUUUACUAUAACAUUUUGCGAUAAUUAAAGA